AUGUCGGUCCUACCCGCCGAAGUCCACGCGAAGCUGACGCAGCUGCUGCAAGCUCUACAGUCGCCCGACAACAGCGUUCGAUCCCAGGCCGAGGACCAUCUGCAGACCAGCUGGACCGCAACACAGCCUGAGGUGCUGUUGAUGGGCCUGGCUGAGCAGAUGAAUGGCUCGGAAGAAGCUUCUAUACGUUCAUUCGCCGCCGUUAUUUUCAGGCGGAUAGCCUCCAAGACAUGCAAGAACGACAAGAACGACACAGUCGAGAUAUUCAUCUCUUUGAGCCCAGAUCAAGCCUCCGCUAUCCGACAAAAACUGUUAGAGGCUUUGGCAAAUGAGUCAAGCCAGCCCGUCAGGAAUAAGAUCAGCGAUGCGGUCGCCGAUGUAGGGAGACAAUACUCAGAAAACAAUGAUACUUGGCCAGAACUGUUGGGCGUUUUGUUCAACUUAAGUAUGGCGCCUGACGCCGGCAAGCGCGAAACCGCCUACCGCGUUUUUGCGACUACCCCCGGCAUCAUCGAGAAGCAGCAUGAGGGUGCCGUUCUUGAGGCCUUCCAACGCGGAUUCAAGGAUGACGCCGUUGGGGUACGACUAGCUGCGAUGGAGGCUUUCGCUGCGUUCUUCCGUGGGUUGGGCAAGAAACAACAGCCCAAGUACUUCGGACUGCUCCCCGAUGUGCUCAAUAUCCUCCCGCCCAUCAAAGAUUCACACGACUCAGACGAUCUAAGCAAGGCUCUGCUGGCACUAAUUGACCUCGCCGAGACGUGCCCCAAGAUGUUCAAGCCGCUCUUCCACAACUUGGUUAUGUUCAGCGUUGGUGUUAUCCAAGAUAAGGAGCUCACUGACAUCUGCCGACAAAACGCUCUUGAAUUGAUGGCAACUUUUGCUGACUACGCCCCGUCCAUGUGCCGGAAGGACCAAUCGUAUACCAACGACAUGAUAACCCAAUGUCUGAGCUUGAUGACGGACUUGGGCGAAGACGACGAAGACGCGGCUGAAUGGCUAUCUGCUGAAGAUUUUGAAUCCGAGGAGAGUGAUCUGAACCACGUCGCCGGUGAGCAGUGCAUGGACCGAUUGGCCAACAAACUUGGAGGCGAGACGAUAUUGGCGCCAACGUUCAACUGGCUUCCCAGAAUGAUGACAUCCAUGGCCUGGCGCGAUCGUCAUGCCGCUUUGAUGGCCAUCUCGGCCAUCUCGGAAGGGUGUCGUGAACUGAUGGUCAGAGAGUUGAGACAGGUGCUUGACCUUGUCGUACCAGCCCUCAAAGACCCUCACCCACGAGUACGCUGGGCGGGCUGCCAGGCGCUUGGUCAAAUGAGCACCGAUUUCGCCCCAACCAUGCAAAAGGAGUACUACGACGUCAUUCUCAAGGCCAUCAUCCCAGUCCUCGAUUCGGAGGAAGGCCGCGUGAAGGCGCACGCUGCAGCCGCUCUGGUCAACUUCUGCGAGGAAGCCGAGAAGAGCAUCCUCGAGCCAUACCUGGAUGAGCUGCUCGCUCAUCUUUUCCAGUUACUCCAGAAUGACAAGCGCUUUGUCCAGGAGCAGGCUCUCUCAACUAUUGCCACCAUUGCCGACGCCGCCGAGGCCGCUUUCUCCAAGUAUUAUGACACUUUGAUGCCCCUUCUGGUCAAUGUUCUGCGACGAGAAAACGAGAAAGAGUUUCGUCUGCUCCGCGCCAAGGCCAUGGAAUGCGCCACACUGAUUGCUCUUGCUGUCGGCAAGGAACGUCUCGGUAACGAUGCUAUGACUCUGGUAGAACUUUUGGCCACCAUCCAGGGCAGCAUCACAGAUACGGAUGACCCCCAAGCCCAGUAUCUCAUGCACUGCUGGGGCCGUAUGUGCAGAGUGAUGGGCAGCGACUUCCUGCCAUUCCUGCCGAACGUCAUGCCUCCCUUGGUCGAGUUGGCCAGUGCCAAAGCGGACAUUCAACUCCUGGACGAUGACGAGCAGGUCGAGCAAAUUCAACAAGAAGAGGGUUGGGAACUUGUUCCUCUGAAGGGCAAAAUGAUCGGCAUUCGAACCAGCACGAUGGACGACAAGCACAUGGCCAUCGAACUGCUUGUCGUAUAUGCCCAGACCCUCGAGGCUUCCUUCGCCCCUUACGUCCGUGAUACCAUGGAGAAGAUUGCACUACCGGGUCUUGCGUUUUUCUUCCACGACCCUGUCCGUUUUAUCUCUGCGAAGUUGGUUCCUCAGCUGCUUAGUUCAUACAAGAAGGCGUUUGGCCCUCAAUCCAACCAACUACGCGAGCUCUGGGCGGGUACUGUCGAUAAGCUACUUGAAGUUCUCACGGCCGAGCCAGCCAUAGAUGCGCUUGCUGAGAUGUACCAAUGUUUCUACGAAUCCGCCGAGGUUAUUGGCAAGGAGUGUCUGACACCGCAGCAUAUGGACAAGUUCAUUGACGGUGUUCACUCCGCUAUUGAGGAUUACAAAGACCGUGUUGCCCAGCGUGAGGAGGACAAGGAGGGCGUCACAGCGGAGGAUGCUGAAGACGAGGCAGAGGAUCUCCUCAUGGCCAUCGAGGACGAUCAGACUUUGCUCUCGGACAUGAACAAGGCGUUCCACGCCAUCUUCAAGAACCACGGUGCCGCAUUUCUGCGGCCUUGGGAACGCCUCAUGCCCACCUACGAGAGCUUCCUCAUUUCGGAAGACCCAACUCAGCGCCAGUGGGGCCUAUGCAUCAUGGACGACGUUCUCGAAUACUGUGGGCCGGAGAGCAUUCACUAUGCCAACUACAUUCAGAAGCCCCUGAUCGACGGGUGCAAGGACCCAUCUGCAGCGAUCCGCCAAGCAGCUGCAUAUGGAAUCGGUGUUGCAGCCCAUCGCGGAGGUACUGCGUGGUCACAAUUCCUCGGCGGUUCAAUACCCUACUUGUUUCAGGUCACUCAGAUCCCUGACGCACGUGGCGAAGAUGCUGUCUACGCAACCGAGAAUGCGUGUGCCGCUAUUGCCAAAAUUCUCCAUUACAACAAUGCCAGUGUGCAAGACCCGCAGAACGUUGUUGCACAAUGGAUCAACACGUUACCUGUCACCAACGAUGAGGAAGCAGCCCCAUUUGCGUAUGGUUAUCUCGCAACUUUGAUCAAUCAACAAAUUCCCGCCGUCAUGGGUCAGGCAGACAAGAUCUUCAUCUUUGUCGCACAAGCUCUCGAGACUGAGAUGCUUGGCAGUGGUGAGGUGGCGCAGAAGGUUGUUCAGGCUACAAAGGCGUUAUUACAAACAACUGGCGUCAAUGCGCCGACACUCCUGCAACAGUUCCCACCUGAGUCUCAACAGGUUAUCAUGAGAUACUUUGCAUAG